AGCUCAAUUAUGUAGACAAGUUUAUACUCUCGAGUAAAGUUGACACUAUGAUACCCCGAUAACAGGACCCGAUUAACACAGGUAGCUAUAGCAUGAGCGAGUACAGCCGGCUGUUCAGCGGGACCAAUCCUACACAAGUAGUGCUCAACCCCGACACUGAGGACCAGCUGACUUGCUAUGGGUACAGGGCCAACAGAUGGAAGCUGUUGCUUUUCAUCCUCCUGUCCUUCAGCAGCUUUGGCUUCCUGCUCCUGUUGAUGCUAUGGCGACCAGAACUAGAGUGCUACAUCAAAAGAAAGAAGUGCCAUUUGAGAGAUGCAGACACGAUUCUCAUUCAAGAUCAUGUGAAGCGGUGGUUUGUAAGUCAAGUGGAGACAAAGGGAUUUGACGAUCAUAUUGGAGCACCGGAGAAAUACAACCAGUUUGGGGAAUCUUCUGACGAGGAUGAUCCAGAGUGUUGUGACACCACCAGACUAAAAGGGCCAGAAGUCAGCCUGAGGUAUUUUGAUCACCAACAUGUGAGAUAUCUCUGGGAGCUGGGCGUGCGAUCCUUUGUCCAGCUCCGGGAUCUCUCCCACAACACAAAAUGUUCAACAAUUAUGGAGAAAUUCCAGGGCCUGUCGAAGGUGGAGCAGGCUCAGAAACAGGUUGUGUAUGGAGCAAAUCUGAUAGAUGUGGAGGUCAAGUCCUACUGGAGACUUUUUAUUGAGGAGGUGAUGAAUCCCUUCUAUAUAUUCCAAAUCUUCAGCAUCGUACUGUGGUUGAUGGACGACUAUUACUACUAUGCGGCCUGUAUAUUCCUCAUCUCUGUCAUCUCCAUAUGUAUCUCACUGCACCAGAUCAAGAAGCAAAGUAUAGCUCUUCAUGAUAUGGUGGCGGUCACUGAACAGACAAUGGAAAUUUGUUUGGGACAAGGAAGAGGAUAUGAAAAGGUUCCAACAUCAUGCCUGGUGCCCGGAGAUUUGAUAGUACUCCCACAGAACGGAUGUACAAUGACGUGUGAUGCCGUGCUUGUAACAGGAACCUGUAUAGUCAACGAGAGCAUGCUCACUGGUGAGAGUGUUCCUGUAACAAAGACACCCCUCACACACCAGGAGGAUGAGGAAGUCUACUCCCCAGAGAUACACAAACGUCACACCCUGUUCUCUGGCACACAUAUCAUGCAAACCCGAUAUUACGGCUCAGCCAGAGUCACAGCAGUGGUCGUGCGAACAGGUUUCAGAACUGCAAAAGGAGAGCUUGUGCGAUCAAUUUUAUUUCCCAAACCAGUUGACUUCAAGUUUUACAGAGAUGCCAUGAAGUUUAUAAUGUUUUUAGGGUUUAUAGCUGCCCUUGGCAUGAUUUACACGGUUGUGAUGUAUGUUAAGGAUGGGAUCCAUCCAUUUAAGAUUGUUCUACGUGUACUAGAUGUAAUAACCAUCAUCGUACCAGCCGCUCUGCCUGCUGCCAUGACGAUAGGCAUAACGUAUGCCCAGAAUCGGCUCAAGAAAGAAAGCAUCUACUGCAUCAGCCCACCUAGGAUUAACUUUGGUGGACGACUAGACGCCUUUUGCUUUGAUAAGACUGGGACCCUGACAGAGGAUGGUCUAGACAUGAUGGGGACCAUUCCCGUCCACAAGAGCAGUUUUCUGCCACUUCAAACAGACCCCUCCAAACUGGACCAUGGACCCGUUUUGAAUGCUAUGGCAACCUGUCACUCACUGACCAUAAUGGAAGGUGAACUGUCCGGUGAUCCUCUUGACCUAAUUAUGUUUGAAUCCACAAAAUGGGUUCUUGAGGAGCCAGGGCGAGACACCAGUAAGUUUGAUACCAUGAUGCCCACAGUUGUAAAACCUUGUACCAGGGACACCUUCUUACCCAACCAGGAACAGCCUCCACUUGAAAUUGGUAUAAUCCGCCAGUUUACAUUUUCCUCUAACAUGCAAAGGAUGAGUGUGAUCACGCGCGAACUAGGCAAAGAACACAUGGAGCUGUACUGUAAAGGUGCUCCAGAGAAAAUUAUCUCCCUUUGUGUGUCUUCAACCGUUCCAACAGAUAUAAAAGAAAUACUACAGAGUUACACCUUACAAGGUCACAGAGUGAUAGCCCUCGCCUGGCGACCUCUUGACCCCAAACUUACCUGGCACCAGUCUCAGAGGAUAUCGAGAGACAAGGUGGAGAAGGACAUGACAUUCCUAGGAUUGAUUGUAAUGCAGAACAAACUUAAACCUCAGACACGACCAGUGAUCCGCAAACUUAUUGCAGCCAAUAUUCGAUGUGUCAUGAUAACAGGUGACAUGAUAGAGACGGCAAUGAGUGUGGCCAGGAACUGUGGCAUGGUGUCACCACAGGACAAGGUGAUUAUAGUGGAGGCUGUGCCCCCAGAUCAUAACGGACCUGCUCGCGUGGAAUACAGACACUCGGAGAUGCCAACUGACCGUGAUACCGAAAACACUCUGGAGUACUCAAGACUAGAAAUGGAAACUUCAAACAUUAAUUUCCACUUUGCUAUAAAUGGGAAGUCUCUUUCUGUGAUAACCAAACACCUCCCUGAUCUCCUCCCCAGGAUCUGUGUAGUUGGUACUGUUUUUGCUAGGAUGAAGCCGGACCAGAAAUGUCAACUCAUCCACAAGUUACAAUCUCUUGGGUACCAUGUGGGUAUGUGUGGUGAUGGGGCUAAUGACUGCGAGGCUUUGAAGGCAGCCCACGUAGGAAUAUCUCUGUCUGAGGCUGAGGCGUCGAUAGCAGCACCCUUCACCUCCAGCAUUCCCCACAUAGAGUGUGUCUAUACUGUUAUAAGGGAAGGAAGGGCUGCCCUCACUACAUCUUUUGCCUGUUUUAAGUAUAUGGCUCUUUAUAGCUUUAUACAGUUUGUGUCUGUGAUGAUUUUAUAUUCCUUUGAAGCCAACCUGUCUGAUACUCAGUUUUUGUACAUAGAUCUCGUCAUAACUACAAGUAUUGCAAUAUUUAUGGGUUACACCAAACCAACACUGGUACUGGUCCCCAAGCGGCCCCCGGGUAGUUUGGUCAAGUUGUCCAAUCUGUUGUCCAUCACUGUCCAUGUACUACUUGUUGCUAUCGUACAAGUGGGCGCCUUAUUGUACCUGAUGGCACAGAAGUGGUAUACAAGGGCACUGCCGGAUGAAGAUGCUGCAACCCAGAAGUGUUGGGAGUCCACAACUAUAUUUCUGGUGUCCUCCUACCUGUAUAUAUCCGUGGCCUUUUGUUUCUCUCGGGGACCACCCUACAGGAAACCCAUUUACACUAACAUUCCUUACCUUGUUACACUUGUGGUUCUGGUGUCAUUUUCCACUAUGAUGUUAUUACUGGCACCUCAUCCGAUUCUUGAUUUCUUUUGGAUCAUGCCCUUGUGGGAGAAGGAUUUUCACUUUCGCCUGGUGUUACUGGCCUUCCCAGCUACACAUCUGGUCCUGUGCUGGAUAGCAGAGUAUACAUUGACAGCAACUAAAUGCGUGAAAAAAAUGACAGCAGUGUGUAAAAAGAAGAAAAUGAACCCAGACUCUUACAAGUAUAUACGCAAUGAAAUAAUGAUGACAGAUUGGCCCCCUAUAGGACAAUCAAUGUCAGGAGAGGAGGCGUUCAGGCAGACCGUCGAUCAGGAGGGCGGAGAGGAACUGAAGGAGGAGGAAGAAAGUCAGGUCUAGUUUUAUAUAUGAUAAGCCUGGUAAGUAUACAAAUGUUUGACCUCUGCUCCUUGGUGCUACUACAUUCUGUGGGAAUUAAAACAUUUAACACCGCUCUUCUUUUAGUUGAGAAAACAAUGCUUUUUAUCUUCUCAGUAGAAAGUUUAUAUUAUAUCUCAAUGAACAGUCUCUCAGUAGCCAUAUAUUUGAUUGGUGAAACAUUAGUUUGAAUUUCAUGGGUUGGUCCCUCUUUUUUUCGCUUUGUUUUAUCAAUUCACAGAAAAGACUAUUACUGUACCAGACAUCUUAUUCUUUAAAUCAUCUAUUUAACCUAGUUUCCCACCUUCCCAACAAACCCCUUAACAUCCGAACCCCCACUUCACCUCCAACACCAACACACACCCUUUCCCUCUAAUCUAAAGAGUUGAUACAAAUAUAUUUUGACAUUCCAAAGUGAUAUAACAUAAUAAUAGUAUAUUCAAAGAAUGUCUUUGGAGAUAAAUUAUGCAUAAUAUUCAAAAUAUUCAUAUUUGAAUUAUUCAUUUGCAAAUAUUUAAUUUAUUCGUUCACCUCUAGUAGGUAGACUCAUGCCAGACUUGGCCAAAUACUGGUAAUACCUGUAGUGAACAAAUCGGAUACAUGUACCCAAAAUUAAAUUUAACUAUUUUAAAUUUAUAUUAAAAAUGUUUUAAAUUUAAAUGUUCAUAUCCAUCACAAUCAUCUAUAUAUCAUGUCCCUGCAUUUAUAUUGUACCCAUAUAUAAUACUAUCAUUGUGGCACUCAAACGGCAGUUUUUUUAAACCAUUAGAAUUGUUUUAUGAAGAUAUUUGUCUCAAUUACUGAUUAAUUCAAUUUCACAAACUAUAUAUGCCAAAUAUCAGGUUAAUUACAUGUACCAUGUAUAUGUGUGAUGCAAAUUUCACAGAUUUGUCAAAAACCAAAUUGCCGCAUUUGAAUUUUUGUCAUGAUUUCAUCAUCUUGCCAACAAAGCCAAAAUAAGAAAGUUUUUAGAGAAGUUCCUGAUAUACUUUUUUAACGGAUCAUAACUAGGCUGAAGUGUAGUCCAAGAUAGUGCCACAUACAACUGUACUUGAGUAGUGAAUUCUGCUACUUGUUUUGUCUUCCCGGUCCUAUUAUAUUAUUGAUAUAUAUCCAGAUUAAAUAUAUUUAAAGUAAUGUUUCUGGCUUUAACUAAUAUUUAGUUAUAUAUUGAUCACUUGUUAUUUCUUGUGCCUACUAACCAGAUUCACGCUGAAGAUGCUUCUAGCAUGGGUCAAUACUACGCACCGUGUACCCACUGUUAAUUAUGUAACCAAAAUAGGCUUCAUUAACCACUGUUAAAAUAACACUUACCUGGUACUGGUUAUUUAUGAUAUGUAUAUACUCAAUGUUGGUUUAUCAUUACUUAAGACCAUUAACAGUAACUCAUUCACCCCUGAAAUUCUGUAAUGAACUAGUCCAACCUUUCCAUUGGAAGAGUUCAGAUGUGUCUUUAGGCCAGGAGUGAAUGAGUUAAGAAUUCCUGCAGAUUUUUAGUAACAUUUAUGAAUUUUAAAAGUAUUUUACAAAUACAUUGUACUGUAAACAAUUGAUCCUAAAUACAUUUUUAAAAUGUGGCUGAAAUUCUGUGAUAUUGCUCAUAUUCUAAAGCAUGUAUUUUCAAACUAUGCAAUUAUGUUUUCAUGAACGUUGAAAAACCAUGAAAGAAAAACUGACUGAUUGUUUUAUUUUAUCCCCAUGAACAAAUUAUUGCAUGUUAUAAAGAAAACAUCUGGAUUAAGCCUUGUACGAUGUUUUCUUUUUGAAAAUGUUUGCGUAUGAUCUGUGUGAUUGGACAUCGACAGACUUAUGAUCGAGUGUAUUUUUCCUUUCUUUAACAUUGUUCACAGAAAAGAUUCAUAUUUUAUAUAUAAUGUACAAUGCAGUCCAAUUUUUCUCAGGCGUGGCUUAACAAAUAUUAAUAUUAUUAGAUCUACAGGGUUCAGAUUUGACACAGCAAAUUUUAUGAAUUACAUCUGCUAGAGGUCUGAAAAUACAGAAUUGAAAAGUGUUUAUUGAGCUGUAUUCAAAGCAUUUAACUUGAAUUGGACUUUAUUUAAUCAAACCAAGGGUCGCCAUGCUGUGAUGUAAUGUGCUGCGUUAAAAAAAUGAUUAUAGUUUCGUUUAAGAAACUCAUUUAUAAAGUUUACUCUGUUUUGAUUUUGUAGACAACAGUUCCUGCUAGUUUUGCAGGGAAAGAUGAAUGCCAAACCAAACUGAAAUACAUGUUUUGUUAUCUUCCAUGUUAGGAUAUACUGCUGUCAGUGAGUAGUGUCAUCAUAAUUUGAUAAAUUGUAAAAGUGUGAUUAUCUGGGUGGAGCCUGGUUGUUAAAACCCUGAUUAGAAAAGAUGGUUACAAAUAUUCGAAUUCGUAACCAACAUAACAUGUCUAGAGAUUCAAAAUUAUCACCCGAAGACCAAAAAAAACCUACAAAAAAACUUUUUUCCAAUCCGAGAUUGUAAAUUACUCAUUGUAUGAAAACUACAUUGGAAUUCUCAAGUGUGUUGCCUGCAGUACUAGUGGGACAGGGAGACUUAAGGAUACGAUGCUACCUUACUGUGAUAUCUACCUCCUCCCCAGGAGAGUUCAUGGCAAGAAUCCUUACACUGAUAACAUUGGACCGGUUGGACCCGAGUUGUUCGUUUAUGAAAUAAGGUCAGACCUAGUAUUCUGAUAUGCUGCUUUCAGGUGAUGAGCCUAAACAUUUGAAGUUCCCCCAGGAUUUAUA